UCACGCCCCUUCUUCGCCGCCCGUGGCUGUCAAACCCUUUAUUUUGAUGACGGCGCGUGGGUGCGCGAGCUGCUGCUCUCAGUGACGCGACGUCGCGCGAAGCCGCAGGUGCGCUCAUUAAUGCGUGGCACCUUUGGAGGCAGAGCCGCGCUGCUCCUGCGUUGACGGGACGAACUCGUUGAGCCGCCGCGCUUCGCGUCGCAACGCAUCGCAUCGCUCUUUGGGGGAGGUCGCUGUUCCGCGUUGAGGUCAAGCGGGUCCUCGUCUGCUCGUGCGUUCGCUGUUUUGACGCGCGGACUCAACAGGUGGAGAAGACGCCUCGGCUCGCGCUCUUCUGGCUUUGGGUUUAGAGAACCGUGCCUGUUGACCUGAUCGACCAAUGGCGCUGACAGUGAACCUGAUUGGUCCCUCACCAUGGGGCUUCAGAAUAUUUGGAGGAAGGGACUUCAAGAAGGCCAUAACUGUAUCACGGGUCAGUGAGGGCAGCAAGGCAGAGGGAGCAGACCUGCAACCAGGUGACAUCAUUUUAGAAAUCAAUGGAGAAGUCACGGCCGACAUGCUGAACGUCGAGGCUCAGAACAAGAUCAAAAACUCAAAGACCCAUCUGCAUCUGCUGGUUGAAAGACCUGAACCGGGACAGACCAAUGGGAUCAACACACCUGAACAACUCACAGGACGCUUCAAGGAAGCCGUGAUAGUGAGUCGUGAUGAAAACCAGAACUACAGAGAGUACACAAUCUCUAGUCCUGUGUCACUGUCCCCUGGACCCUACUCACCAGCUCCUCCUGGCAGCCCAGAUGGGAAGAGGGACAGCCUAACACCCACCACCAACAAGAGUAUCCAGCUGCGCUCAUGGUCUCCAGAUGAGAGGAGUCACAGGCUGUCCAGACCACUGUCACAGGAGUUCUCCCCCUCAGACUACAGAAAUAACUCUGUGUCCAGCAGAACCCCAACCCCCCCAGGGCGAUACUCACCCCAUAGUCCCAUCGAUCGAGAUGCGCCCAUGUCUCCCAGGCGCAGUUUGAGCUCCGACUUUGCCAUGCAGAGGUUCGACAGGGACUCGGAGGUGUACAAGAUGAUCCAGGAGAACAAGGAGUCCCGCUCAGCGCCUCGCCAGUCCAGCACCUUCAGAAUGCUGCAAGAGGUCCUGGAGGCUGAUGAGAAAGAGGCAGCCCGGAGGUUCCCAGGGAAUCUUUCACCCAGCGCUCCCAAAGCGGCAUCUACAUCAGCAGGAGCAGUCAGCAAGUUCCACAACUGUGAGAAGUGUGGCACCGACAUUGUCACCCAGGCGGUGCGCAUCACGGACGAGCGCUUUCGCCACCCAGAGUGCUACACCUGCACAGACUGCGGCCUCAACCUCCGGAUGCGGGGUCACUUUUGGGUCGGAGACGUGAUGUACUGUGAGAAACAUGCCAAACAGAGGUACCAAGGCCCAGGCAGCUCCCCCCAGGUGGCCGUGUCCCCUCGCCAGUGAGCGUGACAGCUCCGCCUCGUUCCGGACCCGCGCCCCGUCUCACUCCGUUACGGGGCUGCACACUAUUCACCAACGCAGAGAAGAGAAUGGACUGUUCUCAUCGCAUUUAACUAUAUUCUGAUUCAUUUUCCAGCAUUUUUAUUUACCAGUGUAUGACAAAUGCAGUUUUGUUCAUAAGGCCCUGCUUCCUUGGUCUCUAACCUACAGAGAGCUCUGAUUAUACACAGAACCUGUGAACUCAAAUCCAACUCGCAUCACAUUGUCACUAGGCCAGAUUUACAUCGCACCAGCGCUUUGACGCCUCACCAGGACCGGCUCCUUCACUCUGAGGAUCGGGACAACUGCCUGAACCCUCUGCCAGCACAAGGGGACCAAAUUGUCACCUGCAUUGCAUGUCAUUUAAAAGAAACUCACUGUUGACUGACGGUGCUGUGUUUGGGUGUGGAUGGGUGCAGGCUUUCACAUGCAGAGGUGUAGUGGUUUGUGCAUGCCUUCCCUGCAGAGUGUGUGUGUGCGUGUGCGUGACAGAGGUUUAGAUACCAAGGAGUUUAUUAAUUUUCUUCAGGCAAAAAGCUGUCGAUUGUUAUUUUCUAUAUUUCAUUUGUAAUCAAAAUUUAUGAGUAGAAAUGAUAAAAGCACAUUCGCUGAUUUGUUUUGCUGUUCAAUAUACAGGUUACACACUUAAUGCAGUUUUUGAUGUUUCUGUGGUUGAACAGUGUUUCUAUAUUAUAUAACGUAUGCACAGGACAUUUAGUGUGAACACAAUUGAUAAUACUACACUUGUCCAUUUAGAGCCGUACUCAGAGAUACACUAUAUUGUUCGUUUCAUUUGGCACCUAAUAAAAUCUCACCACUUGAA